AGGCAACGCCUAGAACAUACAUAGCUAUACAAACAGUCGAACAUAAUUAUCAAAUUAAAAAUGUAUAAACUAGCAAUUCGGAGCAUCGCUCGUACCACGCACUGGUUAUAUUAAUGGUUAACCUCUCGUACCACGCACUAGUUAUAUUAAUGGUUAACCUUAGAACGAAUACGAAAAACCAGGCCUGUUGGACAAUCAUACAAAUUAAUACUCCGUACUGUAUUAUUAGCCCAAAAACUGAAUCUAUUUCGUCUACACCAGGCCCGUUGGACAAUUUUGUUUGAAUCCAUUAAAAAAAGAAAAAAAUCAAGAUCAACAACCUUGGUAGCUUGAUGUUGACAAUCUUAAAUUUUUCAGAAAAUGCUCCCCAUACACUCUCUUCCACUUACUUGUAUUUUUACUUGUUGAAAAUCAUGAGAAUUAAGAUAAAUCUUUCUGCUUUUCAAACUUUUCGAUCAUAAUACUAUCUGUAGAUAUCAUUUAUAUUUCUGGAUUUUUUUUUUUUUUUUUUUAAAUUGAAAUUUACUGGUCUUGAUUGAAUGUUACACAAUAAUCCAGGAAUUUUUAGGUAAAUUAAGCAAAUGGGUACUGCUCAAUUUUGGAAAAGAUUUAUUCUUUUAAGUAAUUUUCUGCUGCUGCUGCUGCUCUUUCUAGUGGAUUCAUCUGAUGCUGAGUUCAAGGUCAAAAGUCCUUUAAUAGCUAACAAUAAUGGUACUAGAAAUUCAAAUAAGCAAGUGGAGAAGGAAGAACAAUUAGAAAAUUCAAAUGGGGUUUUUCAGAAAGAUCUUGGUAGGAGCAAUAUUAGUGAAUCAUUACAGUCGAAAGAUGUUCAGGAUCAGGAAAUUCAUGAUGGUAGUAGAAAGGAUGAAUCGAAGAAUAAGGGUGAUGAGAGUGGCAACAACUUAGAAGGGUUAGGAGAAGUUGAUUCUAAAAGUGAGGUUAAAAGAGAUGGCAAUGAAGAUUCAAAUGGCUUCUUGAUAGGUAUGGAGAAGGAGAAGUCGCGAGACGAUGAAUGUGAUCCAUCUAACAUGUGUGUUGACCCAAAGAAGAAUUUAACUGCCUGUUUAAGAGUUCCUGGAAAUGAUUCUCCAGAUCUCUCACUCCUGAUUCGGAAUAAAGGAUCAGAGCCUGUAACUGUCACAAUUACAGCUCCUGAAUAUGUUCAGCUGGAGGAAACAAAAGUUCAGCUUCAACAAAAAGAAGACAAAAAGGUUAAGGUAACUGUGGCAUAUGAGGCAUUGGAUAGCUUAAUUUUAUUGACAACAGAGAAUACCCGCUGCACCCUUGACUUCAAGGAGUUGAUUCCACGUGAUUCUAGAAUAGAAGCCCGUUAUGUUUUCAAGUUCAGAUAUUUCAGCAACUUGACCAGGAUUCAGUGCAUGAUACUCUUAACCCUGUCUGCAAUUUUGGUAUUUGGAUCAGCUUGGAUGUGUUCUGGCAUGUGUAAGAAGCUCUAUCAAGGAAACGGGUAUCAAACCAUCAACACGGAGCUACCACUGUCAAUAGUUUCAAAACUAGGUCCAGAGAAAGAUGAUAGUUGGGACGACAGUUGGGAUGACCACUGGGAUGACGAGGAAGCACCCAAAACUCCAUCAUUGCCUGUCACACCAAAUCUUUCAUCUAGGGGACUUGCUUCUCGACGCCUUAACAAGGAAGCUUGGAAAGAUUGAUUUUGCUCUACAUCUCAUUUUUGUUAUAGUUUCAAAUGCAAAAGAUGGAUGAUCUAGAAGUUUUUUUGAGGUUACGUGGUAAUUUAUUAAUUUUUUGCGUUCUUUCUUUUCCUCCUGUAUCUGUCGAUUACUUCGUAUGUAUUACAUUCUAGACAAUGAAUUUGAGAUGAAACACCGUGACAAGUCGAUUCAUUGUAGCCAAUUGUAAAAAUAAAAGUUUAUGUAUGUUUGACAUUGUAACUUUGUUUCUAUACUUAUUAUUCACCCCAAAAAUAAGGGGAAUAGUAAGAAAUAAUCCAUUUUAAUUUUACCGUUUUUACUGA